AUGAGUAAGGAGAACGUCGAGUCAGAGCGUAAUCCUUCUUCCGUUACAACCGUAGUGAUCUCCAAUACGCUCCACCGUUGCACUACGAACUGUAUCGGUGGCCAACUCUCCUCCACGGAACUCUCAAAGACCGGCACCAAGAUCAAAUUCCCAUACACCUUGACCCAGCCAAGCUACACGUGCAUCAACAUCCAGCAUCAUGCCUUUGCAAAACCCGACUUGGCAACCCGCAAGUGUCUCAUGUUUGAGGCUGAUGGCGUAGCGGAUCGCCUUGGCGGAGGAGAGGAUCUCAUCGACCAUGUUGCACUCAUGGCGUAA